AUGGACGUUGUUCCAGCAAUAUGGUAUCUUGGCGGCGCCCUCCUACUAUGGGCCCUGGUCGAUUGUGUUCAGACGGCCCUACGACCAGGUCUUCGAAGACUGCCAGGCCCGGUGUCCGCGCGGUUCUUCCGAUUCUACCGAGCCUCUCUGGUCUUUGGAGGAGAGGCACCGGAGAAGUACAGACAGGCUCACGAACGAUACGGCCCUGUCGUUCGAGUUGGCCCGAAUCAUGUGUCUAUCUCAGACCCAUCUGCGAUCCCGCUCAUCUACGGCAUCGGCCUUGGAAACAAAUUUCUGAAGACAAACUUCUACGACACCAUGAGCCCGUUCUACCAAGGCAAAGUCAUGCCCAGCGUCUUCACGGAGCGUGACUCCGACGUCCACCGCAACUUGAAAAGACCCGUCGCCCAGCUGUUCAGCAUGACGAAUAUGCGGAACUACGAGCCAUAUGCCGACCAGUGCACCGGCAUCUUCAUCGAAGCCAUGCGUGACCUGGAGGGUCAACCAAUCGAUCUGGGUGCUUGGGUGCAGUGGUACGCCUUUGACGUGAUCGCCUGCAUGACCUUUCAACGUCGAUUCGGAUUCUUGGAACAGCGCCGGGACGUCGACAGAAUGGUUGGCGACCUUGACAGCGUGCUGCACUAUGUCAAAAUCAUCGGCCAGUAUCCCGAGUUGCACCCGUACUUACUCGGCAAUGAGAGCCUGGUGCGGACUCUGAAAUGGUUGUUCCCCCAGAUACCGGAUCCUUUGCACAGUUUUCUCAAGAUCACCGAGGAUGAAAUCGCGCGGUAUGACAACCAGCGAGGAGAGCGGACCGGCCGAACCGAUUUCCUCGCUCAGCUCAGAGAAAAGGAGUCCAAGGACGGACAAAUUCCUCACAGGGACAUGAUGAACCAUCUGGCCAACAAUCUCCUUGCGGGAUCGGACACCACGGCCGUGUCACUGCGCGCAUGCUUCUACUACCUCAUCAAAACGCCCGCGGCAUAUAAGCAGCUGGUGGCAGAAAUCGACGCGGCAGAGAAACAGGGGCAGCUUUCACCUUAUAUUUCGUACGAGGAAUGUCUCAAACUGCCGUACUUACAAGCCGUGAUGAAAGAAGCCAUGCGGCUACACCCCGGGGUCGCGUACCCGUUGGAGAGAUACGUCCCUCCCGAGGGUGCAACGAUCUGCGGCGUCGAGCUGCCGGGCGGCACGAACGUCAGCAUCACGGCACCGGUUGUGCACCUGGAUAAGACGGUGUAUGGCGAAGAUGCGGACGUCUUUCGACCAGAGAGGUGGCUGGACGCGGAGCCCGAGCGGCUGAAACUGAUGGAGAGGAGCUUCCUUGCGUUCGGUGCCGGAGCACGGACCUGCAUCGGCAAGAACAUAUCCAUCCUCGAGAUGGGCAAAUUCAUCCCUCAGAUCCUGCGACAUUUCGAUCUCGAGUGGGCGGCCGAUCACCCCGAGUGGAGGACCGAGGCCGUCUGGUUCUGGAAACAGGCCGGGGUCAUAGUCAGAUUCAAAUGGCGGGGCAAGUCUUAG